ACUCAUGGCUUAUAAUAGCUAGAAACUCGUCAUUAAGAAUGGUUUCAGAUGCGCUUCCUAUGAUCUAAUGACAUUUCUCCUGCAGAUUGAGUCUCAUGCGGUCAUCGUUUAUCCGAGAAAAUCCUGCCAUGAUCCGCACCUCGAUCACUUUUAUUUAUCUCAGAGCAUAUUUACACCGUCAACAAAUACAGCAAUAGCAGGCCGCCCACCCGUCUAUGUCUCCUUAAUUCUGUGAGCACUAUACAUUCUAAAAGCAAUGGCCAAAUGUUAUCUUUAAACCUGUCUUCUUCCUCGUCUGCGAGUUCCGUGCUGUCAUUUAAGGACCUCUCACUUCUAUUUUAUUCCGGAGCAGAUCAGACACCAUGCGAGCGUUCACUGAAACUUUAACAUCGACUUAUCAAUGGCUUGGCCAUCUAAAGUCCUCGCAACUCAAAAGCAUCGCCCAAGCAACGGGUAUACCAACAGCCGGACCCAAGCUGGCCUUGGCCUUACGAUUGCAGAGAGAACUCCCGCAAUGCGAGUAUCUGCCAACUGAGCUGACUAUGUCGGCGGGCCAGGGUUCAUCAAUACCCCAAUCCGCAGGCCAGAAUAGUGUACAGAAAGAAAAGAUGACCAGCGGCCAGGGAGAGAGUCUAAGUAUUCUCAGUAUCGAUAUGGGGAUUCAGAAUCUUGCCUUUGCGCAUUUGCUAGUUCCGGGUCCUGCGAUGAGAAAGGAUUCUAUUUCCAGUUCUGGUUCUCCUCCUUCAGGGGAUCCUGUUCCCACGCUCACUGCAUGGCAUCGUCUUGCCGUUUCGGCAUUUCCAAGGUCGUCUACUCUUGGGUUAUCUUCGCUUUCGUUAUCUACGUUUCCACUAUCGGGGUCUAGGUCCAGGAGGCAGAAACUACCGACAGAAGACAGAACUAGCCUGCUCUCCAGCGACGAGGAAGGAAAUACGGCUACGAGAUCUACAGAGGACGAUGACAAAAUGUUAUUCACCCCAGAUCUCUACGCCGAACAUGCUUAUACGUUAAUAACGUCGCUCCUCGCGACCUACAACCCAACUCACAUCCUCAUUGAGCGCCAGCGCUUCCGUUCCGGCGGAGCCAGCGCUGUGCAGGAGUGGACGCUCCGCGUAGGUGUCUUUGAAGGGAUGCUCUAUGCUGUUUUGCACACGCUGGCGCGAGAGCGGGCACAUUCGGUAUCCGUACAGAGUGUCGAGCCAUCGCGUGUAGCGAGGUAUUGGUAUGGUGAUUCGGAGACUGAUGCUCUUCAAGAAGAGGAGGAUUCAGAGACAACGCAGACGAAGGACGAGACGAGGAAGAAGAAGAAGAAGAAAAGGAUGACUUCGAAGGAAGGGAAGAAAGCGAAGAUCGACCUCGUGGGCAAAUGGCUUUCUGCAUGGGAGACAGGGAAGGAAAGCAUCAGCGAAGGUGUUCCGAGCACGUCUCUCAUGAAGGGACAAAAGAUAGAUGUCGCACCCGAUGACAAUGUCAGACGAGUUGUCAAUGCAUAUCUCCGCGGGUGGCAAGGAAAGAAGACGACAAGAUCUCGCUCUGCAGUCGGUUCGGACGAGGGAUUGGAGAAGGCCGAUAUUGGCAAGCUGGACGAUCUUGCUGAUUGUCUUCUUCAGGGAGUGACAUGGCUAGAUUGGCAUGUCGCAAGGGGACAGAUUUUGCGUGAUGGAGUGGACGCUCCUGUUGUUAAGGAUAUACUCAAUCCUGAAGCGAUAAGAAGGGCGUAAUGGUUGGAUGGGAUACUGUUAUUUGUAAAAUACACAGUUCUAUAUGUACUAUAUGAAAAGACAUAAAAAACAUUUUCCUU